CGCUUUGCGGUAGUACGAGAGACUGCAUUGGCGACCAGCUUUGCAUCAACGGGCUCUGCCAGCCAACUUGCAAGAGCAAUUCCAGCUGCCCUGAGUACCAAUACUGUCACAAUAACAUUUGCGUACAGGAAUUGCGUUGUCUGUCAGACGACGAUUGUUCCUAUGACGAGAGAUGCGUCAAGAACAAUAUUGGCCAGGCGGAAUGUCGCAAGGCUUGCGACUUGAUUCUUUGUGGGCGGAACGCGGAGUGUAAGGCGGAUGACCAUGUUGCUCUUUGCUCGUGCAAGUCGACUUUCUUCGGAAAUCCAAAGGAUGACAAAAUCGGAUGCCAACCCAUUGAGUGCGAGACUAACGACGAUUGUAGUGGAGAGAAAGUCUGUGACACGCAUAAAUGCAGAAUUGCAUGUCUGGCCCACAAUCCUUGCGGCGUUAAUGCUAUUUGCACCGCGGAAAGACAUACUCAGAUCUGCACUUGUCAACCGGGCUACACUGGCGAACCGACUCACGGAUGUCAAUUGAUCGACUACUGCUUGAACGAACCCUGUGCCCCGGGUGCUGUUUGCGAGAAUUCCAGAGGCUCUUACAAAUGUCACUGUCAACAAGGCAUGGUUGGAGAUCCUUACAACAGCGGCUGUCAGCCACCGGUCGAAUGCUUGCACGAUGAGGACUGCCCAUUGACUGCCAAAUGCAUAAGUGUUAACAACGUGCCUAAGUGCUCAGAUGUUUGUUCACGCACGCAGUGCGGACCGAACGCGGACUGCACGGCCGCUAAUCAUGCUGCUGCCUGUCAAUGCCGAUCCGAUUAUGAGGGUGAUCCCAACAAUCUCAGUAUAGGCUGCCGACCCAAACCUGUCGUUUGUUCCUCAGCCACAGACUGUUCCACUAAUACCUAUUGUUACGAGGGCAUCUGUCGACCGUUCUGUCAAUCGAAUGAGGAAUGCAAUUUAUCAGACGUGUGUCUCAGUGGACAAUGCUUGGAUCCGUGCAGUGUGAGAGCCGCGUGCGGAAUGAACGCGGAAUGCGACGUGAGAAGUCACAUUAAACAGUGUAGCUGCCCGCCUGGGUUCACCGGAAACUCGGAGGUGGAGUGCGUUAGAC